CACAGCACACUGCCACUUCUCUCUCUCUCGCACCGGCAACUCCGACAAGUUGUAUAACCAGCAGGCGAAAUUUUCCGUCCUGUCUCAGUUGUUUACGUAUGUUCCAUUUAGGCUUAAAAGGAGAAGAAUGGGAACACAAAUCUUACAGCCUUGUUCGAGGAAAAGGAAGGUGAGAGAUGGGCAUCAUAAUAUUGACGAAGUUGAAGGGCACUGUAUGGAUGUUCUUAGUGAACUUCCUGGUAUCCCAAUGGUUCCUUCAAAUCAGAACAUGAAAUCUAGAGUUAUUUUUGUACUUGACAAGGCUUCUCUGACACUUGCCCUUGUUGGGAAGUGCUAUCAGAUUCUGAAUCAAGAAAAACAUGCUGACUUCUUACGAAAGAAGAGAAUGGAUCCGUACAGGUAUAGACCUGAUAUACUUCAUGAGGCUCUUGUUCACAUCAUGCAUUCUCGAAUUUGUAUGGCUGGAAUAGUAGAGGCUGUGUUCAUCAAAACUGAUGGAGGGAUUCUCAUUAGAGUCGAUCCACGUACUCGUAUUCCGGAAUCAUUGGACGAGUUUUGCGACAUGAUGUCUCAAUUAUUGCAAAAGUUUAGCACUAAAGCCAAAGGCAAACGUGGAAAGCUUUUGCAACUGGUCAAGAAUCCUAUAACCCAGUACUUACCUAUCAAUUGUGUGAAGAUCGGUCUUACCUCAAGUUCAACAAAGGUGGUUGAACCACGGGAUUAUUUCACAACUUUCAGCAAUGAUGUCAAUUUUGUGUUUGUGAUUGGUGCAAUGGGUCAUGAUAAAAUUGAUGUUGAGGGCAUAGAUGAAGUGAUAUCAGUUUCUGGACAUCACCUAAGCGCUAGAGUUUGUCUACGUAUGAUAUACGAGAGCUUGGCUAAAAAAUAUGGAAUUUGGUGAAUUGGUAAUAACAUUUUUACACUCAAGCGCACCCGCACCUGCCCCAAGGCCUGGAUUGGAAAGAUAUCUAGAGGUUUUGGUAUUAAGCUCACUAGAAUGGUGGAACUUGAGACUUCUAAGCCAGUAUGAUUAAGAAACUUCAAGUUCUUGCCAAUCGGACUGCCGCUUGAGGACUACACUUACCUUGAUAUUACACACAUGACACUGCAAGCUUAUCAACGAUUUCUGGAUUAUACACUUGUCGCCUAAUUUGUCCUUUAAUUGAUUGUUUUUGGAGAUGCAAGCAUAUAGGUUUGUCUUGUAGAAGUGAAGUAGAUGUUAAACUUUUGCAAUCUAGGCAUUUGUUAUAUGCAAAGUUUUGGUAAUGGCAUCUAUUUUAUGAUUUUUGUAGGUUAGUAUAUAUAUAUUUUUAUUUUUCCAAGGCUGC